AUGGGUUCACAGUCGGCGCACACAGAUCUUUUACACAUUCCGAAACUAGGGGUCAUAGUGCUUCCUGGUCCAACACAACUACGAAGUCUCCGACGAGUACUCAAUCGACGGUACCGCGACGAGUUCGAGUCCUACGACCAGCUUUGCCUCAUUAACAAGCUCCACAUCAAGCACCAGCUCUACGACAAGCACCAGCUCUACGACAAGCACCAGCACAACGACAAGCACCAGCUCUACAACAAGCACCAGCACGACGACAAGCGCCAGCACGACGACAAGCGCCAGCACGACGACAAGCACCAGCACGACGACAAGCGCCAGCACGACGACAAGCACCAGCACGACGACAAGCGCCAGCACGACGACAAGCACCAGCACAACGACAAGCGCCAGCUCUACAACAAGCACCAGCACGACGACAAGCACCAGCACGACGACAAGCUCUACGACGACUACCAGCAGCCCGACGACCACUAG